AUGGAAGAUGACAAUCAAGAGCUAGUUAUGGUUACUCGUAGCGGAAAGGUAACAAUAGGUGAUGUGAUGGGAAAUGAAGAACCUCAAAAACAUGAAGAAGAUAAAGGCAUGGAGGAACAAGAGAUACAUAUCCAUCAAAGCAUUGCCAAAGAACCACAAAGAGAAGUGGAACAACACAUUCCAAUCCCAAAAGUCAUGCAACCUUUACCCAAAAUCCCUCCCCCAUUUACUCAAUGCCUAAAGAAGAAGAAUGAGGAUGAGAAGUUCAAGAAUUUCUUAGCGGUGUUUAAGACAUUAUCAAUUAAUCUCCCCCUUGUAGAAGUAUUGUUGGAAAUGCCAGGAUAUGCCAAGUUCAUGAAAGAGUUGGUCACAAAGAAAAGGAGCUUGGAUUUUGAGAAAAUUGAACUUUCCCAUAGUUGCAGUGCAAUUAUGACUAAGGAGUUGAUAAAAAAGAGAGAAGAUCCUGGGGCGUUCACCAUUCCUUGCACCAUUGGCAUGCUCCAAUUCUCUGAAGCUUUAUGCGAUUUGGGGGCAAGCAUCAACUUAAUGCCCUAUGCGAUAGACAAACAACUUGGGUUGGGGGAACCAAAAGCAACCACAAUAAGACUCUUAAUGGCUGGCCAUUCAAUCAAACAUCCCGUGGGGAUCCUUUACGACAUCUUGGUGAAGGUUGAUCGGUUCAUUUUCCCGACUGAUUUUGUCAUUCUCGAUUGUGAAAUAGAUGCUGAAAUUACCAUUAUUUUAGGAAGACCAUUCUUAGCAACCGAAAGAGGAUUGGUGGAUGUUGAAAGUGGAGAAUUGAAAUUUCGGGUGAAUGAAGAUGAAGUGACCUUCAAUGUUUGUAAGUCAAUGAAACACCCAAGUGAUAUCCAUUUUGUGUCCACCGUUGAUGUUAUUGAUGAGGCGGUGGCUAGCGUGAGCCAUUUGAUAUGCAUGAGCAAACCUCUUGAAGUCGUGAUUGCUAACUAUGAUGAAUUCGAAAUUCAAGGCUAUGAAGAGGAAGUGGCUACUCUUUCAGGCUUGGGAGGGUAUUCAAAGACUCCAUUGAAAUUGGACAUUGAUUUGAAAAAUAGAGAGAGUCCUCCCGCAAAGCCAUCAACAGAAUAUCCACCAAAUCUGGAAUUGAAAGCACUCCCCCUAUCUCCGAUAUGCUUUCUUGGGGGAAAAUAA